AUGGCAGAGAAAGCCCAGUCAGUCACUGCAAAGGUCGAUUUGUCCCAUGAGCAUUGGUGCAAGCGUUUGAAGCUGGCAAAUGGGGACAUGUUAUCCGAAUCCGCGUCGACAUCUGGAUCGGAUGAUGAAGAUCCCGUUGGAAUAACCGAAAAUAUUGCUGUGCUUCCUACUCCCCCAUACACGCACGACUCGUCAAAGGUUAGUCGUGUAGACACGGCAGUCACCGAUCACGAGGGUCCCAUUCCAAUACACAUGGAUGAUAGAGCUGGAUCCCCUUCAUCAACCAGCGUGUCAGGCUUACGCAGACAUCCUUUGGCUGAGAAUCCCAAUCAAUCAUUCUACUCGAAAGUGCGACUACGAAAAGACAAUGCACGUCUCGAUAAACUGACUGCUCCUGUACAAACCAAUGACCAUAAAAUGGUGAAUACCAAAGCAAUUGCAAUGGCCCCGAGACAAAAGGUGCAAUUGCUCCCCGUUCCCUGA